GGCGAUGGGCGAGUUUUGGGCAGAUAGUCUCAGUGGUCUUAUGUUGACGAAAUAGGGUAGAAAUCUCAUCCAUAUAAGGAUUGAAAUAAAUUCGAGGACGUCCCAUCUUAACUAUGUCAACCAGAAACCAGUAAUUUGAUACUGGAUGGGACGCUUAUAAGCACUCGACCUGACCGCUCGUGUACUUGGGCCUUGGCCAGGCCUUCUACUUACAAUGUAUAAGCAGUCGUGCUUUAUUUAUCAUGUACUCGAAAACAUCUCGAGGAAACCUGGUACGUCUGGGCGAUGACGACAGUGAUCCUGCGCCUGGCUCGGAACAUCGGUCUUCACCGAUUUGAAACAGCUGCGCUAUCGGAUCCAUUUGAUGUCCAAAUGCGGCGACGGUUGGGGUGGCAUGUCUGUUUCUUGGAUGUCCGGUGCUCAGAAGACCAAGGCACCGACUCCGAAGUGCUUGACAUGUGUUUUGAUACUUGUCUACCACUCAACGUUGACGACCAUGACCUCAUCCCCGGUUCUCAGUAUGCUGUGGAAGAGCGAACGGGCGUUACUGGGAUUACCUUUCCAAAUAUGCAAUACGAAUCAAUUGCAGUAGUUAGGGCGAUGAGAAAAUGCAUGGAUGGAUCUCGACAUUGGGCGACCAAUAACCGUCAAUGCAAAGACCAGUGGGUAGAAGUCGUACGGAAUUUGAACCGACGACUCUGGACGGGGUAUCUCUCUCCUUGUGAUCCGACAACCUCAGCCAGCCAACUAUUCUUUGGCUUCGCGAGAAUAGUACCAAAGGUAUCUUUGUGAUUCAUCAACCAAUCUUCGG